AACUUGGGGCCGACCGGAAGAAGGCAGCCGGCGUCUUCCAUACUGAGUAUGACGGAGUCUAUGCCACCGAGGAGGUCAUUGAAGGUAAUGGCACCGACCAGGAGGAGAUCGACAACAUCGAGCACUACAUCAUGGAGCUCCAGGACGAAGGACCUUCCGAAGACACCGCCCUGAGCGAAUCCGAGGCGGCAGAGAUCCUCUCCACCUACCUUCAGCAGAAGAAGACCUACACACAGUCGAUCAAGGACAAGAAAACCAAGGAACUCGCCCGAGGCUAUGGAGCUGGUCGACGACCAAACUUCAGCGUGAAUCGGGGAGAUCGAGAUCGACCUCUACGACCUGGAUCCUACUCCGUAACGAUUGCCGAGCUGCAGAAGAGGACCCGCUGCCGACAAUGUGGUCAGAUCGGCCACUGGAAACGGGAUUGCAAGAACCCUCCCAUGAAACCAGGCAGCUCCUCAUCGAUGAGCGCGUCUCGAACAAAUGAGACACACCUUUUGGAAAGCACGCCCGAGGUGCAUUUUGUGGGCAGUCUGGAGAAGGAAGAGUUCAUCGACAAGAAUCUCUCCAGCCAUGGACCAACCAGCUCCUCGCCUUUUGAGAUGACAGGGACAAGAACACCUGAGCCGCUCAUCCUGAGGACUUCAAUCGAAGGCCAGCCGGACUGUACAGAUGUAAACACCGGCCAGAAGCGCAGCCGACAUGCUCCACCGGAGACUUCGAACCCGGAGGACAAGGCCGUGAAAGCCUGGACCCAAUUGACUCGUCGGCUACUGGUUGUGCUCAUGCCCCUGCAGUACCUGUUCGAGCAUCUCUUGGAGACCAUCAUGGGAGCACAGCCCCAACGCCGAGUUCUGACACGCCUGAUCGAGAACAUGUCCGACGAGGACCUCCACCACGUGACCAAGACGGCCAAGAACGAGAUGAAACGUCGUGUCGAGUUGUCGGACAAUUUCGUCAUGAUCAGCGACCCGGAACAACACUCGGACGGAUCCCAGAAGAAGGUUCCGAAGGCGACCUUGGUGAGAACCCAGCGCUGCGACCAGAUCGACAGCCUACCAUGCAUCGAGAUACUGACCGGACCUCGACCUCGCUGCCGAUGCGGCCUACAGGUGAAGAUUCACCUGAGUACGGAGACCGACCACGAGGAGGAGAUGUACUUCAGGUGCCCGAAAUAUCCGGGACAACAGUGCGGGUUCAAACAAUGGGUCCCAUGCCAGCCAUUGAAAGAUGUGACCAGCUGGAAAUACCGCCAACAACCAGGCGAGAAGCCCAAGUCCUAUGCAGAGGUGCUGGAGGGAAUGGUUCAGGACAUUUGUCCACACUCAUCAACGCACCGGAAGGGAUCCAACGCCUUCCUGACCAAGGUGACCUGCCGCUACUGCAACAAGGUGAUCCGGCAAGAAAAGAAGACUGUGGUCACGGAGACGGCUUCUCCCAGCAGUCCUUCAGAGGCACCACCUCGUCCGUCAACUCCAACGCCCACAUCACCUCAGGAAGGAAUGACCGAACCGGAGGACUACCAGGACUUCAUGGACUUCCUGCGCUGGCGCCGAAUGAAGGGCCCUUCAAGCCAGCAGACCAAUGCCAAUAUGGACUCCGUGGAGAAUCUGGCCAACCCCAAAGAAAACGGACUGGCUUUGCCACCAACAUCGAAAGUGUUCUACCUGACCCAACCUGGGAACUACAUGCUGAAGAACUUCAAGGUGACGAUGACCAAGGAGAACUUGAACCGGAAAGCGAUGAACGAACAAAUGCUCCACUUCCUCUCGAACGAGCUCAGCUUCAAUGAAUGUGUCGGAGUGGACGUGGUCUUCUUGCCAACCUUGGGCAAUCGCUCCAGACCAGUUGAGCAGGAUGGGACCUACAUCGACCCAGCUGCUGUGGAAGCACCUCAUCAAAGAGGCAUCACCGAAAGGCACCACAAGAGAACCUUCAUCAACCACCAGAAGCAGAAGAUCUACAAGAACCAGAUCAUGACGAACGACCUGCUGAAGAG